CCUCCCUCCGUGCACGUGCGCCAUGCCCGCUGGAGAGGAGGCGCCGGGGCAGGGGCUGCAGCGGGGCACGGCCUCGCCCCCCCACCGGCGCUGAGUGCUCCAGGGCACCGGCCCCGACCGCCGGGCGCACCCCCCCCCACACCGUGUCUCAGCGCACCCCGCGCGGCGGCCGCCGGGAGAGGCGCCCCGUCCCGUGCUCCGCGCCUGGGCCCGCCGCUGCCGGACCAUGGGAUGUCGGCAGAGCUCAGAGGAGAAAGAGGCGGCACGGCGGUCCCGGCGCAUCGACCGCCACCUGCGCUCGGAGAGCCAGCGGCAGCGCCGCGAGAUCAAGCUGCUCCUGCUGGGCACCAGCAACUCGGGCAAGAGCACCAUCGUGAAGCAGAUGAAGAUCAUCCACAGCGGCGGCUUCAACCUGGAGGCCUGCCGCGAGUACAGGCCGCUCAUCGUCCACAACGCCAUCGACUCGCUCACCCGCAUCAUCCGCGCCCUGGCCGCGCUCAAGAUCGACUUCCACAACCCCGACCGCGCCUACGACGCCGUGCAGCUGUUCGCGCUGACCGGCCCGGCCGAGAGCAAGGGCGAGAUCACGCCCGAGCUGCUGGGCGUCAUGCGGCGGCUGUGGGCCGACCCCGGGGCGCAGGCCUGCUUCGGCCGCUCCAGCGAGUACCACCUGGAGGACAACGCGGCCUACUACCUGAACGACCUGGAGCGCAUCGCCGCGCCCGACUACGUGCCCACCGUGGAGGACAUCCUGCGCUCCCGGGACAUGACCACGGGCAUCGUGGAGAACAAGUUCACCUUCAAGGAGCUCACCUUCAAGAUGGUGGACGUGGGUGGGCAGAGGUCAGAGCGCAAAAAGUGGAUCCACUGCUUCGAGGGCGUCACCGCCAUCAUCUUCUGCGUGGAGCUUAGCGGCUACGACCUGAAGCUCUACGAAGACAACCAGACGAGCCGGAUGGCGGAGAGCCUGCGCCUCUUCGACUCCAUCUGCAACAACAACUGGUUCGUCAGCACCUCCCUCAUCCUCUUCCUCAACAAGAAGGACCUGCUGGCGCAGAAGAUCCGCCGCACCCCGCUGACCGUGUGCUUCCCCGAGUACAGCGGCCAGAACACCUACGAGGAGGCCGCCGUCUACAUCCAGCGUCAGUUCGAGGACCUGAACCGCAACAAGGAGACCAAGGAGAUCUACUCCCACUUCACCUGCGCCACCGACACCAGUAACAUCCAGUUCGUGUUCGACGCCGUGACCGACGUCAUCAUCCAGAACAACCUCAAGUACAUCGGCCUCUGCUGAGGGGCCGACCGUGGCCCUGGACACCGGGGCGUCACCCCCCCACCGGCGGGAGGCCAGCCGGGGGCGGGGCGCGGGGCCCGCAGCCUGUCCCCCGCCCCGCGCCUCGGCCCCCCCGUCUCCGCAAACGUGAAUACAUACGGAUAGAUUGCUAGGUAGGUAGACACACGCCCACACACGCGCGCACGCGUGUGCACGCGAACACACACACACACACUCUGCAGACAGCAGGCUCCCCACGUGGCCGAGGUCCCGUGAAGACUUGAGGAGCUGUCACCAAGUCCACCCCGAUCCCCUCCUGCCACGUCACCUUGCCUUCCUGAUGUGGCCCCACUCUGCAUGGGGGUCCUCAGGACCACGGGGAGGGGCGGCCGGCUCCCCAGGAGGAGACCCCAGAGCCGGGGCCGAGCCGCCCCACGUGCGCGCUGGGACCCGGCGCCAGGCUGGUGACGGCACCGACCAGCCCUCCGGCCACUCACAGCUCUUUUUAAACUGCUUCUGGAUAUGCAACACGGUGACACACGUGGCACGACUUGUCUCAGACCAGGCCAGCUGGGCGCCAGCUUUUCUUCUAUGAGUCAGACGUUUUAUAAAACUAAACCUGGUUUUUCUCCUCUGACAUCCUU